CCCGCGGGCGCCAGCAUUUUGUAUUAUGAUUUCUCAAGAGAAGACAGAAGAGCAUCCUUUUGCAGAUGUAUUUAGUGAAGAUGAAACUGAAAAAAAUUUUUUGUUGUCCAAACCUGUUUGCUUUAUUGUAUUUGGGAAACCAGGAGUUGGGAAGACGACAUUAGCCCGUCAAAUAACCCAGGCAUGGAAAUGUAUUCGUGUUGAAGCUUUAUCAAUUUUGGAAGAACAGAUUGCUUCUACGACCGAAACAGGAGUUAUGUUGCAAUCAUUGCUGUUGAGUGGUCAAAGCAUUCCGGAUGAACUUAUCAUAAAGCUAAUGUUGGAGAAGCUCAACUCCCCAGAAGUCUCUCACUUUGGUUAUAUUAUCACUGAAAUACCAUCAUUUUCACAGGAUGCCAUGACUACCUUGCAGCAAAUAGAAGUACUUAAAAACUUAAAUUUGAAACCUGAUGUUAUAAUCAAUAUUAAGUGCCCUGACUAUGAUUUAUGCCAAAGAAUUUCUGGGCAAAGACAGCACAGUAAUACAGGGUAUGUAUACACCAGAGAUCAGUGGGAUCCUGAAGCCACUGAGAGUCAUAGGAAAAGGAAGAAAGAUGCUCUAAAAGAAGGAAAAGUAGAAGAGGAAGGAGAAGAGGAAGAAGAGCAAGAAGAAGAGGCAUUCCUUGCUGAAAUGCAGAUGGUGGCUGAAAUUCUUCAGCAUCUAGUUCAGAGGCCUGAGGAUUAUUUGGAAAAUGUUGAAAACAUUGUUAAACUUUAUAAGGAAACAAUUCUUCCUUCUUUAGAAGAAGUGAUGGCUGAACACGACCCCCAGUAUCUCAUUGAGCUAAAUGGAAAUAAGCCACCAGAUGAGCUCUUCAUGACGGUUAUAGAUCGACUUAAAUAUCUGAACCUAAAAAGGGCAGCUAUUUUAACCAAACUUCAGAGUUCGGAAGAAGAAAUUAAUGACUCAUUGGAAACUGAGGAGCUGUUCCGUACUUUUUCAUCUUACAAACUUAUUGCACCCAGGUAUAGAUGGCAGAGAAGCAGAUGGGGACGUCUAUGUCCUGUAAAUUUAAAAGAAGGCAACAUUUAUCCAGGAUCACCAGAUUUUGUUGUUAGUUUUCUAGGUAAAAUGUACUGUCUUUCAUCAGAAGAAACAUUAAAAAGAUUUUUAUUGAACCCACGUCCCUAUCUUCUUCCACCUAUGCCAGCACCACCGUGUAAAGUAUUCAUAUUUGGACCUGAACUUUCAGGGAAAACAACUCUUAGCAAUUUGCUUGCAGAAUAUUACAAAGGAAAGGUAGUUGACUAUGCUGAACUUGUUCAACCACGUUUUGAUAAAGCCCGGGAAACAUUAAUGGAAAAUACUAUAGCUGCGGCCACUGAAGCAGCUAUUAAAAUUGUGAGGGAAAAGCUUCUCAAAGAACUACAAGCUAAAAAACAAGCAGAGACAGCUUUAAGAGAAAGUGAAGGACAAUAUGAAAAAAAGGAGUCUGAAGAUUUUCUAAUGGAAACAUACAAAAUCUUCGGAGACAUGAGCUCUUCAGUUGAUGAUGGUAAAGAAGAAACCACUGAAACAUCCACAUUUAGGAGUUCUGAAGACACUAGUCAAGAUCUAACGUCAUCUUCAGACAAAGUUUUAGUAGAAGACUCAAUAGAAGAGGUAACUGCAAAUCAUCCAGAGGUGCUUUCUAUGAUUGAGGAGACUGUAAAAAUAGUACAGGAUAUGGACUUUGAACAGCCAUAUGAAAAAUAUGCUGAAAUCUUACAAGAAGUCCUCAAAGAGGUAAUGGAAGAAAACAAGGAUAGGUUUUCUGGUGCCCCAAAACAGGGAGGAUGGAUUGUGGACAACUGCCCUAUUGUAAAAGAACUAUGGAUGUUCAUAGUCGAGAAAGGAAUUAUACCUGAUUUGGUAAUCUACUUAUCAGAUACAGAAAACAACGAAAAAUGUUUACUUAAUAGACUGUAUUUGGAGAAUAAAUCUGAAAUUGAUGCUCAGAUUUUAGCAAGAUUAUUAGAUGAACUACAAAAGAAGAAAAAAGAGGAAGAAGAAGCAAGAAAAGCCACAGAAGAGGCAUUGAGAAUAGAAGAACAAAAUCGAAGGCUACUGGAAACUAUGGAUAUGAAAACAAAAGAAGCUGAAGAGCCUGUUGAGGCUGAAGAGGAGAGUGAAGGUGAGGAGUUUGAAGUUCACGAGGAGCCUGAGCCACCUGAGAUAUCCGAGGAGACCAGAGGGUCAUUGGUACCUGACGAAUCUGAAGUACCUGAGGUCCCUGAAACAGGGCAUGAUUCAGUAUCUGAACCUAUUGAGGAUACUACAGUUGUUGAAACAGAAAUUCCAAAAGGAUCCAAAGAGGGCCUGGAAACUGAAGAAUUAUCUGAAACAGUUGUACUACCUGAGUUUCCAGAAGGCUCUUAUCCUGAUGUUCCUGAAAUGGAGCCUUUUAAAGAGAAGAUUAAUUCUUUCAUCCUCAACUGGAAACAACAGGAAACAUUCUUUCAUGACUCUUUCAUUCAAAUUUUAAACUUGGAGAUUGCAGACAGUACUCCAAAGGAACUACUUCAAAAAGUAGUUGAGACUAUGGAAAAACCUUUCCAGUAUACUGCAUGGGAGUUAGGUGUGGAAGAUUAUGAUGAGGAAACAGAAGACUAUCACGGCGAAGCAGAGAUUGAGGAGGAGCCAGAUGAAGAGGAAGAGGAAGAGGGCGAAGAGAGAAUUAAAGAGAGAAGGAGGCAUUUGGGAGAUACAAAGCACUUUUGUCCAGUGGUUCUCAAAGAAAACUUCGUCCUACAACCAUGCAGCACAGAAGAAGCAGCUAAAUAUCAAGACAAGAUCUACUAUUUUUCUAGUCCUGAGGCUAAAGAAAAGUUUGUGGAGCAUCCUGAGGACUAUGUGGCUCAUGAAAAACCAUUGAAGGUUCCUCCAUUAAGAAUAUGCCUUGUUGGCCCUCAUGGCUCUGGCAAAACUACAUGUGGAAGACAGUUGGCAGAAAAGUUGGGCAUUUUUCACAUUCAGUUUGAAGAAGUGCUUCAAGAAAAAUUAAUGCUCAAAACUGAAAAGAAAGUUGGACCUGAAUUUGAGGAAGAUUUGGAGGAAGAACUAGCUAUAAAACAAGAACUUGAAGAGCUUGCAAUUCAGGCCAAUGUUAAAAUUGAGGAAGAAAACACAAAAAAGCAGCCUCCAGAAGUACAACUUACAGAAGAAGAAGAAAUAAUCAAAGCAAGUCUAAUGGAAAAUGAGCCAUUGCCUCCUGAAAUUCUCGAUGUAAUUCUUUCCCAGUGGUGGUUUCAGGAACCAAUGCGGUCCACAGGUUUUAUACUAGAUGGUUUCCCACGACAUCCUGAAGAGUCCCUGUUUCUAGGAGAGCAUGGAUUUUUCCCAGAUGCUGCUGUUUUUAUACAAGUUGAUGAUCAAGAUAUUUUUGAUCGCCUCCUUCCUUCCCGAGUUGAAAAGUGGAAACUGAAACAAAAGAAGAAAUUAGAAAGGAAAAAACUUAUCAAAGACAUGAAGACAAAAAUCAGAGAAGAUAUGAUUGCUAAAAGAAGGGCUGAACUUAUAUCAGAGAGAGAGAAAAAAAAGAAAGGGGAGAGUUCUAUUAAAGAAGAUAAAGAAAUUAGUGAGGAGGAGCCUGAAGAAGAUGAAGAUGAUAUUGACAACAUCCUUGAAGAGGAGUUUCCAAAAGAUGAGGAAGAGAUGUCUGAGGAAGAUGAACAGGAAAGUGGUGCGAUUGAACGCCUGAGAAGUGAACUGGGAGAGAAAUUUGAAGCAGAUUUGCAUAAUAUACAAAUGAUGCAGGAUGAUUUGGAGAAGCAUUUGAUACCAAUAAUUCUCAUUAAUGGAUCUCGGAAAAUCCACAUUGUACAAUAUAUGUUGAAUCUCAGAAUAAAACCACUGGUGGAAAAUCGUGCAAGCAUUUUUGAGAAAUGUUAUCCAAUAUCGGCACACAUUGCCCAGAAAAUGCUCAACCUUACCUAUAAGUAUACAAGCUCAUUUGGCUACUGGGACCCUGUAAAGCUAAGUGAAGGAGAGACAAUCAAGCCAGUUGAAAAUGCAGAGAAUCCAGUUUAUCCUGUGAUUCAUCGUCAGUAUAUUUAUUUUUUAUCUAGUAAAGAAACUAAAGAGAAAUUUAUGAAGAACCCAAUGAAAUAUAUCCGCCAACCCAAACCUAAGCCUACUGUGCCCAUUAAGAUUAUAAUUGUGGGGCCUCCAAAAUCUGGGAAAACUACAGUUGCCAAAAAAAUUGCAAGUGAAUAUGGCUUAAAGCAUUUAUCAAUAGGAGAUACUUUGCGUUAUGUAUUAAACCACCACCCAGAAACAGAGCUGGCACUGAUGUUAAAUUGGCAUCUUUAUAAAGGAAUGACAGUACCUGAUGAGCUGGCUAUUCAAGCCUUAGAACUUUCUCUGAUGGAAAGUGUAUGCAAUACUGCAGGUGUUAUCAUCGAUGGAUAUCCUGUAACUGCACAUCAAGUGAAUCUCUUGGAAGCCAGGUCAAUCAUUCCCAUGAUCAUCUUUGAGUUAGAUGUGCCUUCCAGGGAGAUUUUCAGAAGAUUGCUCCUGCAAAAAAAAAGUGAGCAAAGUUUGCCUUAUCCCUUGCACAACAGUACACAAAUUAUAGCUGUCAAGAAUGCAAAGUACCGCAAAAAUAUUGGUGAGAUUAGGCAAUACUAUGAAGAACAGCAUCAGAACUGGUAUGUGAUUGAUGGAUUUCACAGCAAAUGGUGGGUAUGGAAUGAAGUCAUUAAGAAUGUUCAAAUGGUGAAUAAAUAUAUGCAGACCUACCUGGAAAGAAUAAAAGAAGGAAAAGCGGCCUGCAUUGACAAGUUGUGUAUCUCACCACAAGAGCUGAUUUCUCGCCUGGGAGAAUUUGGACAGUUCUGCCCUGUCAGCCUGGCAGAAACGUGUGAAUUAUUUGAUUGCUCUGUAACAGACUCCUUGGAAUUUGCAGCAGAGUUCAGGGGGCACUAUUAUAAAAUGAAUUCUCAGGAAAAACUGAAUAAAUUUUUGGAGAACCCAGAAUUAUACGUGCCUCCCUUAGCACCUCAUCCACUCCCGUCUGCUGACAUGCUCCCCAAAAGGCUGACGCUGUCAGAGCUGAAGAGUCGGUUCCCCAAGUGUGCCGAGCUCCAGGGCUACUGCCCAGUGACCUACCAAGAUGGACAACAAAGAUAUGAAGCCCUAGUACCUGGUAACAUUAACUAUGCUGCAGAAUAUCGUGAUCGUAUAUAUACUUGUGAGAAUAAAGAAAAACUCGAGAAAUUUUUGAGGUCACCAAUGAAAUACUGGGAUCAGAAGCUUCCGCACAAACUGCCCCCAUUAAGGGAGCCGAUAAUUCUCACUAGUCUUCCUUUGCCUGGAUAUCUGGAACAGGGUAUCGCAACUUCUCUAAUUAAAGCAAUGAAUGCAGCAGGAUGCGUAAAGCCCAAAUUUCCCUUCUUAAGUAUAAGGAGAUCUGCACUAGUAUACAUAGCAUUUCAUCUAAAAGCAUUUAAUCCCAAAGGUUCUGAAUAUACAAGAAAAAAGUAUAAGAAGAAGAUGGAACAGUUUAUGGAGAGAUGUGAACUCAUAACAUACUUGAGUGCUAAGAUGACCAGAAAAUACAAGGAACCACAGUUUAGAGCCAUUGAUUUUGAUCAUAAAUUACAGACCUUCCUCUCUCUCCAAAAUAUAGACCCAAUUAAUGGGUAGUUUGCUUAGGUAACUGCAACUUGAAUCUCAAGUUGUCACAAAGUGACAGCAGGAAGUCAAAAGCAGUGGACUGAAAAUUUGGGCCUUUCUAAAGUACUU